GACUGGGCUCAUAGUGAUAUCAUUCCAGAAAGAUGAAGCAUCUGCUGGUCUGCCUGCUGCUCUCCUCGCUCUGUUCCAUCUCUUCUUGGGGUACAAGCGGCACAUUAGUGGUGACCCAGUCUCCUCAUGAUGUGACAGUAACAGAGGGGGGUACUGUUCAGAUCCAAUGCUGCUGGAAUAAAAACGUGUCAAGAGCGACAGUUUAUUGCCAAAAAGAGCACACCGGGAUAAAAUAUAAGAGUGUACUGGUCAACAACAGUCAGUGUCAGGACAGGGCAUCUCAGCAGACUGUAGUCUGUUACUGCUCAGAUUGGACCAUCUCAAACCUCACUAGAAAUGACUCUGGUACUUACAUCUGUAAAGUUCAUGUAGAGAUACCAUCUCUUUUUGAAUUCGUGGGGAAUGGGACACAGAUAACAGUUACAUCCCAAAAUAAGACACACAAUGCAGAGCUCCCAGCAGAAAAGCAGUCCCUGCUGCUGUCUAUCAUGCUUCCUCUGGCUGUCCUGCCGCUGUUCCUCACCGCCCUCAUCUGCCUGUACAGGGCACAGAAAAGACACCAAGGCGGUGCCCCAGAGAGAGCGGUCAGGGUGAUCCACGAGGCCCCCCACCAUGAGGACGAGGAGUUGAAGAUGGAGGAGCUGGGAGAGGCCGCCGACCAGAGCGCCACCUUCUCCUCCACAGGAUCCACUCAAUGGUGUCAAGUCCAGGUGUAUGAAUCACUCGAUUACAUGUCUAUACCGACCCAAGACAAAGGUUAAGGACCUGCUCAGCUCAGCCCAGUCUGUGAAUGUAUUUUCUAUGAGUGUAUUUUUCUAUUACGUUUCAUGUGUCAGUCAUUUCUGUACGUAUUUUACAGUAUGUGGUAUAGACCUAUGCAAAAGCCAGUGUUCACAAGAAACAGACUGUGCCUGUGAAUGUGUGCAUGUGCCCGACAAGAGAAAGCAAGUAAAAGAGUGUGUUUUGACAAUAAUAAUGACUGCAAAUGAAAAUACAGUAGAAUUGAAAAAAUACCCAAUAAUUGAGCAUCAGGCAGAAAUCAUACAGUCCAGAGAUGCAGCAAUCAGAUUCUCAAUUUGACUGGUGUUCUGUCACCAUUGGAAAUUAUGGUAUCUGGGGGCACUCUCUUUCGUCAAUGACAGGAAAUGGAAACAGAGCAGACAGUGGUGGCGAUAUAUGCUGUUACCUCAGGUAGUAACCAUGGCCCCUCGUCUGAUGGAGACUACAGGAUGAACAGAAACAAGAAAUUGAACAGUAUUUACAAUAACAGUAAAUGUGGUUGCCCUACAAAAUGACACACACACAUAUAAAUUGUGAAAUUAUUUGACGAACAGAUCAGGAAAGGGGACACUCAAAUUUACAUUUCAGCUAUUUAGAGCUGUAUAGCCGACACUCUUAUCAGUUGCAGUCACGGCUAACAAAUUAUAUCAUGCUCACAGUAGUCGUAAACGCUUAAUAUAUUAUAUGUAUAUAUUAAUAUAUUAUCCUACAACUUGCCCCAAUGAGUCACUAGGUCCUGCAGUUACAAAGUAAGCAGACACACCUACUCACAUCUUAUAAGAACAAACAACAGUUUGUAACCAUGGCUGCACUCCUACCAAGCCAGAGAUGUUAGGUACAGCAAAACGUUCUCAUUGCUUAUGCCGUCUGGCAAGAUCUUUGCUUUCCUGUGUACAUGUUUACUUGUUAUCAUCACAGAUUCAUCUAAUAUAAGAAGUUGUGUUUUAAAUAUUGAACCAACAUGUUUAAUUCAGGGGAUUGAUGUUAGAUGUAGAAGACUGAAAAUGUUUUGAUUUUGCGAUGCACACAGACACACAGGUUGUCUUUUGAAGAAAGCGUCACUAUGCGGGGAUCAUAAAUGAUUACCAGAAAAGAGAGCAGCAUUUCCAGGAAACAGUGCUAUAGGAGACCAGAUAUACAGUGGGGGAAAAAAAGUAUUUAGUCAGCCACCAAUUGUGCAAGUU